UGUAAACACGUGUAUUGGCUUGUGGUGGUGCAAUAAGAUGGUUCACAGGCUAUAAAAACGCUCGACGCUGACGCAACAACAUGACACGGAAUCCAACAACGAUGGCAUAGACAGCAGACUAGACGUAGUUAUUGCAGCGAGAAGCUGUUGAAAAUGCCGAAAAAGAGCGGCACAGAUAUUAUGCUCAGAGGCGAGCCUGGUUGAAUUCGAGGGACUAGGACUUCGCUAUCUUGGCAGAGACUGAGUUGCGUUGUCUGAGGACUGAAAAUUAAAAACACACUUGGCAAGUGUCUAUUUGGAAGAAAUUGAUUGAAGCAACACCGUCGCCAUGGCCAUCGAGGGAAAUGGAAAGUGCCAGGCCGGCCGAAGCCUGGCCAAGGACUUUCACCGUCUGAUGAGGAACAUCGCCAGUAUGUCGGGAGGCCAGGCCCGGUUGGUGUCUUGGGAUGAGACAGAUCUCAAGAAAGGCAUCACAGUGUCUAUCAUCCCAGACAGUGGGCUUUACCAGGAUGGAGAGUUCAUGUUCUCGAUUGUGUGCGGCAACAAGUACCCAGCUCAGUCACCCUCUGUAUCCUGCAAGACAAUGAUCUACCAUCCCAACAUUGACACCAUCGAAGGUGAUGGGGAGAUAUGCCUCAAUUUGCUUGAUGAUGAUAACUGGUCAGCAUCAAUGACCCUUGAGGAUGUGGUGCAGGGCAUCCUGUUUCUCCUCUACAAUCCCAACCUGGAGGACCCUUUGAAUGUCCUCAUUGGCCCCGGAAUGGACGAGGAGGAGUUUGCUGACAACGUGAGGCAAUCUCUGGACGGAGGGGAUGUAGAGGGGUAUUACUUUGAGAGAAACCAAGUGGUGCGAGGGGAGGGUGGAGCCCUCAGUUCGGACAGGGGAGGGGCUGUGGAAGGUGAAGCCAUCCUCACGGAUGUGGGCAGGGCAGAGGAGGGUGAGGUUGUCAUUACAGAUACAUGCGGGACAAAGGAAAGCAAGGAUAGGGAGACGGUUGGUACGGCUGAGGGUGGGACAGGAGAGGGCGAGGGUGUGGUCGCACAUGAGGAAGGGGCCAAGGAAGGUGGGGUCGUCAUCACAGAUAUAGGUGGAACAAAGGAGGGCAAGGACAGGGAGGCUUUGGUCGUCACAGCUGAGGGUGAGAGAGGAGAGGGCGAGGCCUCGGUUGCAAAUGUGGGAGGGGCCAAGGAGGGUGAGGUCACCGUCGCAGAUGAGGUUGAGAGGGAUGGCGCUGGGAAUCUAGGCAUUGUCAUCAGGGAUGAGGGUGCGGACAAGGGACAGGGGAUUGUCUUCAGGUGUCAGACGGAGAACCAGUUGUUGCCUGAAGGUGACAGUAACAGCAAAGUUACUCCUCCCACUGAAGGAAGGCGGGGAAUUUGGAGGAGGGCAUGGUUGAGAUGGAGAGUGCAGUCAAAGAUAUUGGUUGCAUUUGAGGAUAUUUAUGACUUGGAGGUUUAAAUUAUACAAAUCACAGUAGGAUGUCAGCAGGAUGGACGGUAGGGACGGUUCAUGCUCUCAACAAAUUUGUAAAUCUAUUUACCCUUUAUAAACAGCCUUAUACACAUAAUGUGUAGCCGUCAAUGAUAGGUCUUUCAGAAUAAUCUGUAGAAUUGUGUAUGCCUCAUUAUAGUCAUAGCAACUCCGCAAUUAUGUUUAGCAAAGGUGCUUCAAGGUAUCACAGUUUUACAGAUAUCAGAAUUAUUUUUUUCUAUUCAGCAAGUACAACACCAAAAGUGAUUUUGAGGGCAUGAACGAGGGCACGAGCAAAACAUGGCAAGUGACGUUGUGACAGGGGUCUCAAAGCUUCAAGUUUUUAAAAGUUUCACAAUAUAUCUUUGUUUUACAGUGGAUUUGAACAAUAAGUGAAUGAUCGAGGUCAGGUGGGGUCAGCAUUGCAGAGAAAUUCAGUGAAUCUGUUCUUCCUUUGUGAACUACUUUGUUUAUUGUACCAAACUGGAACAUCUCAAAUGUUUAUUUAAAAAAUUAAACUUAGUUAUUGUUAUUAAGAUUACAUAAUGUUACAGCUGUCAGAAGGAUGUUUAAUGUGCAUAUUUUGGAUGAAAUUAUGGUUAAUCUUUGAAAUAAGAUUGCAACAGUUCUGAUUUCAGUUUUGAGGCCAAAGUAUUUAAUUAAAAAAAAACUUGCAUUCAUUGAAUUUGAAAC